AUCUGCGCUUGUCUUCUCACCAUCUUCAUCGCGUUCGACUCUUCUGGACUCAACGCCGUCGACUUCCACCUACGAACAAAAUUGGCUGUGUCGCAGAAGAGCCUCACAGGGAGACCUCUUGCCCGAGCGCGUCGCGAGAUUAGGAAGGAGGGCACAGCCGGCCAUCUUUACAUCGGGCCUCACUCGAUCGAAGCCGGCCUCAUUUCCCCCCACAUUUUCGGCGCCGUAAUCAUGUGCGACCGUGGCCCUCAUCAGCCUUUCACUGCCGAACGAUGCGAUGCCGCAAGCGAAGAAACUGAGCAUCCCGAGAUAAACGCAAAGCUCACCGAGAAGUGUCUCGUAUUGACACCAGUGUCGAGAUCAGAACGCAGAAGCACGUUGGGAAGCAUUGGGUCUAUCGACGACGAAGAAGAUGUUCGCUUAAGUCGCGACGAUCGUACCGACAGUGGUAUCGAUGUCUCGUAUACACAACCACGACUUUCGCGGCUUUGCGAGAAGCAUGGUUGCGCCACUUUGCUACAACUCUCGACCAAUGGCUCUCAUGAUAGGGGAAACAUGAACUCACUUUCGGAGAAGCUGGCGGAGGAUUGGUUUUCUCCUCUGCUGCUGCCUUUUGAGAAGUUGAACCUUUCCUGGCCAGUGGCCCAGUGUCUCAGACCGCAAUCCACCUCGGCAUCAUGCAUCAAACCGCCCGGAGACCCCAAUCGACAACUUCCUUGCCAACAUCAGGAUCGCAUCACUGUCAACGUAGGUAACAGUCACGGGCCUGGGGGUUCAAGUGGUCCGUAUCGGAACUCAUCUGAUUGUGGUCGCGGCUUGCCUCAUGCUCCGCCAGAGGACAACAGUGGCCGAGAGCACGAGCCGGACGCCGAUCCGAAUCCGUCUGCUUCCAAUGAGGACGACAUGGGUGGUUUCCCUUGCAUUUUCCAUAAGAUUGGCACCAACGGCCUUGAUGACCCAACACCUAAAUGCAAAUGGCGUCGCUUGUACACUUCUCAGUUGCGUGGUCACCACUUUCACAGCAGUCACCCGAAUGGGCCUUUUGGUUGCUGUUCGAGGUGCUUUGAAACUGGACGCUGGGUUUCGGCACACGGCGGGCUGGAGGAAUGGCGUCGCUUCAUUAACAAACCUGAGGUCGUCGAACACGAGAAGAAGUGCAUCAGGGACAUAUGCAUUGACGAGACGUGUCACAACUUCAAACAGGGUCUGCCUGCUUUUUCUCCGUGCUUACACGGCGCGAAACAUACUCAACAACAAAUCUGGAAAAUGUGGUAUCGCCGUGCACAUUCUCUGACUCGCAAUGAAGGCGUGCCGAACUUAACGAACCCUUCGUCCCAACAGCUGCACCUGCCACCGGCUGUGCUCGAAAGAUCGCAAUCGUCGCCUGGAUACACCAGAGCACAAGCCGUCUCCACCGGGACACCAGCCUCAAGGACGAAUGCCAUUGUCCCUCCGCUGAUCGCAGAUUCGCCAUCCUCGCAUCCUCCCACGGCCGGUAGUGCAACAAAUCGUGCACUUUCGGCAGCAAAUGCGACUCGCGAGAUGCUUAAACGGCUCGCGAGGGGCCUGAUAGAAAGGAUGCAAGUGGAUCCAAGUGAGCCAGGAGAGGCCCUCCGCCGGUCAUGUGAACAGAAGCUCAACUCUUCAGAAAGAUUACAAUAUGACCUCUCGGCUACCAGUCCAGAUGAUGCCGACGCAAUAGAGCUUCUACGCAGUCUGGUGCAAGAAUGCUUGCGACUCUUGACAACGCCCAUGACGCGGACACCUGCUGCCUGGGUCGAGCUGUCCCUGACUGCGCUUCUUGUCGGCAUUGAAAUACCACUGCAGCCGCCUGCAAGUUGGAGCCAUCCACGACCGGACUUCCCAGAGUCUUCGACGUUGUCGUCUCUUGAUUACGUGGGCAUCGCUACUAGCUCUGGGUUGGACUCCGACCCCCAGCAACAGCAACAACAACACUCCUUUCCGCACCGAUAUCAACAACAGCAUCCAGCUUUCGACAUGCUGGGCAAUCCCGCGAUGAACGCUCCGCCUCCGGCGAUGACCUUCUCAGGCCCGGCCGCUGUCACAGAAAUGGGCGGUGCCUUCACAUCUCAAGCUGCGAACUUAUCAAGUAUUGGUAUCGACGAUCAUACUGCCCAGCGCAUCAGGAAUUUGCCUGAUCAGCCUUACCACCCCCAUCAAAGGCUCCAAUCGAGCAUCGAACACCAAACCUCGAUGCACGCUCUACCACAAAAUGCCCAACCUCCGCCUUCGAUGGAUCCAGACCACCUUCCACUCUCCACCGAACAUGCUUAUCUUCGUUCAAGGCAAGGCCUUGCGCCUCUAAGGCUGAUGCCACCGGCGUCGGAUGCCCUGAGCGCGAGCGGUUCGACUCACGACGAUUCCGGUUGUUUUUCGACCACGCAAUCAACUGAUUUCGACAUGGGCGGCGUGGACAAUGACAAAGGCAAAGGGCCUGCGACUGAAAGACCGCCGGGGCCUAUGGGCUUCUGGAGUGGGAUUUGA